AUGGCGUCAUCGUCUCAGAAAUUGACCAGUGCUUGUUUCGCCGUGCUCCUCAUCUUUGUCGUCUGCACUCUCACAGUGAUGAUUCUCCCGAACAACCAAGUCACUCUCUCGAGGAAGAUGAAAACAGAGGAUCCGCAGAGCUUUAACAGUUCAGCCAUGGCGAUCAGACAAGAAGGUGUAGAGUUGAGUGAACACGCAAUUCCUGAUCCUGACCAGGCAACCCUCCUUCAGACAAAAGAACAGAACAUCACCGAAAGGAGGAAGCUUGGUUUCUUCUCAUGUGGGAAUGGCAAUCUUAUAGACGACUGUUGGCGUUGUGACCCUAACUGGCACAUGAACCGUAAACGCCUCGCCUAUUGUGGUAUGGGUUUUGGUAGUAACGCCACUGGUGGUCGUGACGGGCGUUUCUACGUCGUCGAUGAUCCAACAGACGAAGACAUGAAGUAUCCCAAGCCAGGAACUCUACGCCACGCCGUGAUCCAAGUUGAGCCACUGUGGAUCAUCUUCAAAAGAGACAUGGUGAUGACGUUGAAACAAGAGCUGAUUAUGAACAGUUACAAGACCAUCGAUGCGCGUGGUGCUAACGUACACAUAGCCAAUGGUGCUUGCAUCACCAUUCAGGGUAUAACCCACGUCAUCAUUCAUGGUCUACACAUUCAUGAUUGUAUAAGAACUGGGAAUGCAAUGGUCAGAAGCUCGCCUUCUCAUUAUGGAAUGAGGAAUAUGUCUGAUGGUGAUGCUGUUUCUAUAUAUGGGUCAAGUCAUAUCUGGAUCGACCACAACUCUCUCUCUAAGUGUGCUGAUGGUCUUGUGGACGUUGUCAUGGGUUCCACUGCCGUCACCAUUUCAAAUAACCAUCUCACUCACCACAAUGAGGUCAUGUUGCUAGGAAACAAUGAUUUGUAUACACAAGAUAAGAAUAUGAAAGUGACCAUUGCGUAUAACCAUUUUGGAGAGGGACUUAAACAAAGAAUGCCAAGAUGCAGGCAUGGAUAUUUCCAUGUGGUGAACAAUGACUACACACAUUGGGAAAUGUACGCUAUUGGAGGAAGUGCAAACCCAACUAUAAACAGUCAAGGCAAUAGAUAUGCUGCUCCCAAGAACCGCUACGCAAAGGAGGUUACAAAAAGGGUAGUGAAGAGAGAAACAACUGAGUGGAAGAAGUGGAACUGGAGAUCAGAAGGUGACAUGCUAGUGAAUGGAGCGUUUUUCAUACAGUCAGGGGAAGGAGAAUCAGCAAGCUAUGGAAGUGCAUCUAGCUUAGAAGCUAAACCAGCUUCUAUGGUCGCCUCAAUCACUUCUACUGCAGGUGCACUUGGUUGCCGCGAAGGCAAACCUUGCUACUAA